ACGAAAGUGAGUUUUAAAUUGCGCAGUGAUGUCAAGAAAGGCGUCUGUUAACAAAGGCUUGUAUGACUAUGACAGAGGUGAGGACAGGAUCUUUAUCCGUUACAAAUGUUGUCAGAUCAACACCAUACAGGAUGUUCUGCGCCAAAGACCAGGCUGGGUGGAAGUCAAAGAUGAUGAAGAGUGGGAUUUUAACUGGUGUGAUGUGGGCUGGCUCAGGGAGAACUUUGAUCAUUCCUACAUGGAGGAGCAUGUAAGGAUAAACCAUUUCCGCAACCAUUACGAGCUGACUCGCAAAAACCUCAUGGUGAAAAACCUCAACAGGUAUAGGAAAACCAUUGAAAGGGAAGUUGGGCACAUGGAGGUGUCCAAAUGUGACUUUUUCCCCUACACAUUUGCCCUUCCCAGCGAGUACCAUCUGUUUGUGGAGGAGUUCAAAAGAAGCCCUGGAAGCACCUGGAUCAUGAAGCCGGUGGCAAAAUCUCAAGGGAAAGGUAUUUUCCUGUUCAGGAAAUUAAAAGACAUUAUGGACUGGAAGAAGAAUGGAACCCACUCAGAGGACCAGAAGGAAGGAGCCCCUGUGGAAAGCUAUGUGGCACAGCGCUAUAUAGAGAACCCCUACCUAAUAAAUGGCAGAAAAUUUGAUCUGAGGGUGUACGUGUUGGUCACAUCAUAUGUUCCCUUAAAGGCCUGGCUGUAUCGUGAUGGUUUUGCACGGUUUUCAAACACUCGAUUCUCCCUCAACAGUAUCGAUGACAAAUAUAUGCACCUCACCAAUGUGGCUGUGCAGAAAACUGCCCCUGACUACGACCCUGAAAAGGGGUGUAAGUGGCAGAUGCAGCAGCUCCGAAGGUACCUGACCGCUAAACAUGGCAGAGAGAAGGUAGAAACCCUGUUUGAAGAGAUGGACAACAUCUUUGUCCGCAGUCUACAGAGCGUGCAGAAAGUCAUAAUAAAUGACAAACACAGCUUUGAGCUGUAUGGGUACGACAUUCUUCUGGACCAGAACCUCAAACCGUGGUUAAUUGAGGUGAAUGCUUCUCCCUCACACACUCCAAGCUGUCAAGAGGAUUAUGAGAUGAAAUGCCGACUGCUGGAAGACACUUUAAAUGUUGUGGAUAUGGAGGGAAGGCUGAACGGCUGGGAGAAGAGGGUGGGCGGUUAUGACCUCAUGUGGAAUGACGGCCCUGUCUUUAAAGAAGACCUCAACCUGGAAACAUUUGGCAGCACUUGUUUCACUGUGAACACACACUUAGGCUGUGUGAAUGACAGGGAGAAACAUCUUCGCAGGCAGCGUCUUCUGAGACCAUUUCCAGGCCAGAAGACAACAUAACACAGACAUAAAUCUUGUGUCCUGUCUUGGUAACGCUUGGCAGAAAACACUACUUCAUCAUGAUGGCAUCUGUAGACUGAAGACAGAUCUGUCAGGACGUGAAUCACCUAGACUGAAAAAUAAAUAUGCAAAAAGGCAGUUUGUAAGGAUAUUAUGAAACUUGUCCAAUUGCAGCAUUUGGAUCCAACGACCACUUUAACCCAUAAAGACCCAGUGUGACUUUUGUGGU